CAGCAUCCGUCACAUCAGUGACGCCCUGUAUUGGCGUGCGAUAAAAUUUCUUACUUCCUUCGAUCUCCCAUAGAUUACUAGCAGUCAGUAAGUGUGAAGGUGGCUAAUAAAUUCAAUUAGGAAUUCGUGGGUAGACCAUGUCGUUGAUAGCUUCGUCAGCACUACAAGUAUCAGAAACAUUUAUGUGUAGAUGAGCGGUUUAAGGCGGAUGUCUGCGAGUCUUCCAUCGAAGAUCGUUCCAAAUUUUUGAAGAUUUCACAACAUGCUUUGUUAUAGAUUCACCUCACAUUUUAGAGGGAACAAUAGUAAUCAAGUUGGGUGGACCGCACAGAUUCUCAAGAUCUAACGCUUACUACUUACCGCUACAAGAUAGAAGUCUCAUCGUUGAUAAUCAUUUCUAGCUUGAGCCGUUUCUUUCUCUUGGGAGGAGCCAAAAAGUCUGUGACUUUGAACUUCAGCAGGUACGCCCAUGACUCAACGGGCUGAGGACGAGCAGAUGAAGCCGCUUGAGGCUGAUGGAGAAGCAAAUCCUACUCAGGCUGAGGACAAACCGCCAAUCCAAGGUUUUGAGGGGUUUUCGUAUAAUGAAGAUGUCAUGAAAUUCGAGCUGCCACCUUUGCCAGAUCCAUUACCCAAAUGUAAGAUAGCUCUAGAGAAGUUUGUAGUUCCAAAAGAGAGCGACUUGGUCCGACGUUCGUUCAUGCCACUUCGCACUCAUCCAGAUCCAAUGGUGGAAGCGUAUUUUGAAAAUGUCACGGAGACGGGAAAAUCGCGGCUUCCAUGGGAAAUUAUACGCCCUGCCUUUUUGUGGAAAAUCAAGUCUUGCAUGGAUGAAAUGGUGCGGUGGCACCGACAACGGGAAGGACCCGACUCGUUUGACCUCAGCGAAGGAUCCGAAAAUAAGAGAAUGUACGACUUCAUAUUAAAUAAGGCUGCUAAGUUUGAAGCUGCGCCUUUCACCUGGCAGAGGAUAUGUGAAUUACUUCACUCACCCUCGCGGCACUAUCGGAAGGCUGACAAAUACUUUCGAGCUCUUGAUAAAACUAUAAACGUCGUUACUACGGUGUCAGAAGAUGGCCGACGGAUGACUGGAAACCCUCCGUACACAUCUGAAACACCGGAUGUGUAUAGCAUUGAGCAGCUUUUCUUCGGAGAAGAACGUGCUGAUUGCGAUUUUUGGGAUCCAGAUUUCGCCUACAAUGCGCAGAAAGUUGCGGGAAGCCCCAGUAUGAAGGACCAAGUGGAGCCUUUGGAUAUGAGCAGGAAGCGAACCUGUGGUUCUGAUGAGGAGAUGGGACCAAAAAAUGAAGAGUCGGAUGAAGAAAUGGAAUUUUGAGGUUGUGGCUUUCAUCGUUUGUUUUUUAACAACUUCCUUCUUUUUUCGAGUUACUACCUUAGACUCACUUCUUUUUGUUUUUCUUUUGAUCUCAUCUACGCAAGAAGUAAGGCUAAUCUAUUUCACUAACAUCUUUAUUAUAUCGAGCUGUACCGUCUUGUUGAAGUAAUCUGCUCGAUUGUGCAUCCCACUCUAUGCUUGAUUCCUACCUUCUGCUGCUCAUCGUACAUCUAAGUUAUCAACGCGAAGAUGUGCGGUGCCUUUUUGGGGUUACUAUAAGUCUCUAAUUAACUUCUGCAUUUUCAUCGAAUUUUCAUUGUCAGAUCUCUCCUACCGAAUGCAAAAUGUUGUCAGAUAUGUUCAAACAUAUUUAUUUGAUUCAAUCUGCUUACUUUGUUUUGACGUUCACGUGCCUCCUAUUAUUUGACGUGUUACAGUGCAGUCUUUGAAUGAAGAUCAGUCA